GUGCUUGGUACGGAUUUUGUCACACAUAUAUAUAGCGUGACUCUCCCAUUGGAAAGCCCAUCUAGUGAAGGUAGUUUUCCAUCAAAGAUGUACGCUUUUGCAGCUUUUCUCGUUUUCGCGGUGGUCGUCAAUGCACAGAGGCCAGAACCUUGUGAAGGACCAAAAGUAUGGGAAGGAAAGCUUUUCCAGGUCGACCACAGCAAGAACUUUAGCAUUCUUGGCAAGUUGUCGUACGAUGCCUCUAAUGAACGAGUCCGCAUCAUUGAGGAAAUUAAUUUGUCUGGCGGAAAAAGAUAUUUUUACGACUUUAUCAUUCUUUACCGAGAGCAACGUUUGUACCGCGUCGAACUGAGCAUCAAUGGCACAGGUAAAUGUGUUGUGUCGGAGUUCAAAGAAUCCUUCAGACCAGCAGAAAUCCCGAAGGAUGCCAAAUUUGCAACAGAGGCAUACAUUGGAGCAAGCUUACCAGAGGUUGGUGUGCUGGUUAACAUCUUUUAUGGAAAAGAAGAAAGAAAAGGAGUAACAGUGGACUACGUGGCUACCGUGACAGCAGAGGGUUGUAUACCAGUGAGCAGUGUUGUAUACACUCAAAAGACAGGUGCAAUUCAUUCAAGCUUCUUCGAUAUAGUCUUGGGAAUUGAAGAUCCUGAACGCUUCGUGCCUCCAAGUAGCUGUGAACAAGUGGAGCAUUCUGGAAGGAUUCCCAUGCACCUUUGAGUCAUGCAGAUAAACAAAAUAGUCCUUGCGGAAGCCAUACCGAGGACUCAUACACAUGGAUUAACAUUGAAGCAACUUUGAUUUAAUACUGAUUGCAAUAAGAACUUUAACUUUAAGAAAAUUAACAAUGAUCGAAUAAAGCUUGAAGAAUUUCAAGAAUA